AAUUUCACUAACCAAGCUGUCAGCCUUUUUUUCCCUCUCUUUCCUCCUUUCUUCUUCCCACCCGCACGCGCGGUAAGUCCAUCUUUCCCACUUUAAAGUACCCUUCCCCUGUUCAUAUAUACUCAUCACUCCAUUUUCUCCUCUUUCAUCUUCUCUUUCUCUCUCCUCUAAAAUCUGUCUCUUUUUCACACACACAAACACAGCACAAAGCAUCUGUCACAGUCUUCUUCCACAUUUUUGAAUCCUCUUGUUUACCAUCUUUUUUCUUUCAAUAAUAUAUAUCUUUCUGACUUUCUCUAUACAAUUACUAUUUUGAUAAUUUAUUUGCGACGUACGUGGGUACAAUUUUGGAGUAAUUUUCUACUCUUGAUAUCACAUGGUAAUGUUUUUUGUUUAACUUGCAGCUUUUGACAUUCUCUUAGCAGACAACUGCUCCCAUUUCUUUCACAUGCUUACUCACUUAUUUCAACAGUUGUUCUACUACUAGUUAAGUUACUACUACACUACAUAUAUGGAGGAGUAUAUAACUUCAUAUAUCUCCUCCUAGUUUUAUUUCAUUACGAGUAGAACUCGUAUUCCCAAUAUCUAUCGGUUCUACUUAAAAACAAAUUGAAGCCUAUACUACAUUAGAACAUGUCUAAAUUCGAAACAAAUGUUCAUAAUGUUAGUCACAGAAGAAGGUCUAAAAACCCUUCAUUCUCUUCCAUUCUUCUCGAUGCCGUUUAUCGGUCUAUCGACGAAGACUACCACCAACACCACAACCACUCUCGAACCACCCCUACCUCUCCGACCCAAAGUAUUAAGCAAAGUGAAUGUAAGACGGAAGCGUUAAAACAACGUAGAACCAAGAUGAGAAGCGAUAGUACCUUGGAAACUGUCGAUCUUCGUCGUGCAAUCAUGAUUGAAUCAUGGAUCGAUAAGAAUCAGCAUCAGCAGCAACAACAACAAUCGCAACGGAAACAUUUUCAUCUUGGCGAUUUACUUGAUCAGAAGAUCAGGAUCGUUCGUCAGAAAUCUGCACCUAGUAGCAGAAGAACAACAACAACAAUAACAUCAGAUAAUGAUAGUUCUACUACUCAUAAUUUAUCUUCAUCUUCUUCCUCAUGCUUCACUAAUCUCACUCCUCGCUCUUCGUCGCGAGAUCAAUCGUCUUCGAGAAUCUUCACGAAGACGAAAUCUCGCGCGUUGAAGAUUUACGGCGAUCUGAAGAAAUCGAAGCAGCAAAAUACGCCGAUUUCUCCUGGAAGAAAAAUCGCGGCGUUUCUCAAUUCGAUAUUCCGAAACUCCGGUAAUUCUCCGGCGAGAAGUUCGCCGGAGUUAAAAAUUCCGGCGAUAUCGAAUUCAAAUUGUUCAUCAGCGUCGUCGUUUUCUAGGUCGUGCUUGACGAACAAAACGUCGUCUUCUGAGAAAUCAACUCCUGCAACAAAACGAUCAGUGAGAUUUUAUCCAGUAAGUGUGAUCGUAGACGAAGAUUCUAGACCUUGCGGCCAUAAAUCGUUGCACAAGAAUGAAAAUGAAGAGUCGAAAAAACUCGCGUCGCCAUUAAUGGACAGUACUGGAACUGGAGAGCAGAUGAAAUGGAGGAGAGAGAAAGAGAUUGAUACGUUGAUGAUGAUGAUUAAUACGAAUUGUGGCGAUAAUCAACGUCAUGUUUCGAGGUUUCAUGGAGAUUCAGAUGAAGAAAUGGAGGAAGAAGAUGAUGAAAGUUGUGCGAGUUCAGAUCUUUUUGAAUUGGAGAAUUUUAGCUCUAUUGGUGUUAGUCGGUACUAUGAGGAGUUGCCGGUGUACGGAACUACUAGUUUGAAAAACCUAACGGUUUAAUUAUUUAUUUUUCGGUUGUUUUUUUAUUUUAUUGUUUAAUUUUAGGAUGUGAAUGUAAUUAAUUGAUGUUUGGAAGUUGAUUAAUCUAUUAACUUUUUUUUAA